GGGGGGGGGUGGGGGGGGUGUCGGCCCGUCCCUCCCCCGCUCGCCCCUGCCCCGCAGCGCCUCGGCCCUGCGAGCCAAAGGGGGUUCCUACAUCUUUAAAUGGGAUGUAAUAUUUUGGGAUGGGCUUUUUUCAUAACGUCACUUCAUUCCUCGCUCCUUUUUUUUUUUCUUUUUUUUUUUUUUCAUUUUCUCAUUCUUUCUUUCCUCCCUCUCUCCGCUGCCCGUGUGUCGGAUGGAGCCGCUUCCCCUCUAACUUCCCCGCUGCCCGCCGCCCCUGCCUGCAGGCUGGGUGCGGAUCCCCCCGACACCCCCCCCCCCCCCCGCCCCGGGCGAAGAUGAGCAUUUUGCCUCUUUAAAACGCUCGCCGCCCCCCCCCCCAACCCCCUAAACAAACAACAACAACAAAAAAGCGCUUUAUUUUCCAGGAGGGAAAUUCUGCUUUUUAUUUUUCAUUUUUUUAGGGGGAGGGUAGAAGUUGGACCCUUUUUAUUUUGUCCUCGGCCCCCCCUCCCGCGGGGCCGCCCCCCCCUGCCCGGUCGCCCCCCCCCCCCGGGCCCCGCAGAGCCGCUCCGGAGGAGAGAGAGAGAAAAAACGCCCGGACUGCUCCAGCCUCCGAAAUGACUCAGUAACUUUUACGCCUCGAGUCUCAGCCCUGCAAUUAGCCACUUUCCCAGCACGGCUCGGGAUGUAUUCGUCUCCUCUCUGCCUGACCCAGGAUGAGUUCCACCCCUUCAUCGAGGCACUGCUUCCCCACGUCCGGGCCUUCGCCUACACCUGGUUCAACCUGCAGGCCCGCAAGCGCAAGUACUUCAAGAAGCACGAGAAGAGGAUGACAAAGGACGAGGAGAGGGCGGUGAAAGAUGAGUUACUGAGCGAGAAGCCGGAGGUGAAGCAGAAAUGGGCCUCGCGCCUCCUGGCCAAGCUGCGCAAGGACAUCCGGCCCGAGUGCCGUGAGGACUUCGUGCUCUCCAUCACAGGCAAGAAGCCCUCGUGCUGCGUUCUCUCCAACCCUGACCAGAAGGGGAAGAUGCGCCGCAUCGACUGCCUGCGGCAGGCGGACAAGGUGUGGCGGCUGGACCUGGUCAUGGUCAUCCUCUUCAAAGGGAUCCCCCUGGAGAGCACCGAUGGCGAGCGCCUGGUCAAGUCGGGCCAGUGCACUAACCCCAUCCUCUGCGUCCAGCCCCACCACAUCAGCGUCUCUGUCAAGGAGCUCGAUCUCUACCUGGCUUACUUCGUCCGUGAGAGAGAUGCAGAGCAGAGCAGCAGCCCCCGGACGGGCAUCGGCUCGGACCAGGAGGACAGCAAACCCAUCACGCUGGAUUCGACAGACUUCCAGGAAAGCUUCGUCACCUCGGGGGUGUUCAGUGUCACCGAGCUCAUCCAGGUGUCCCGAACACCAGUGGUGACAGGCACGGGGCCAAACUUCUCCCUGGGGGAGCUGCAGGGCCACCUGGCCUACGACCUGAACCCCUCCAGCACCGGCAUGAGGAGGACACUGCCCAGCACCUCCUCCAGCGGGAGCAAACGGCACAAGUCGGGGUCCAUGGAGGACGACAUCGACACCAGCCCAGGGGGCGAGUACUAUACCUCCUCCAACUCCCCCACCAGCAGCAGCCGCAACUGGACAGAAGACAUGGAAGGGGGCAUCUCCCCCACCGUGAAGAAAACAGAGAUGGACAAGUCCCCCUUCAACAGCCCGUCGCCCCAGGACUCCUCGCCCCGGCUGAGCAGCUUCACGCAGCAUCACCGUCCCGUCAUCGCGGUGCACAGCGGUAUUGCUCGAAGCCCGCACCCGUCGUCUGCGCUGCAUUUCCCCACCACCUCCAUCCUCCCCCAGACGGCCUCCACCUACUUCCCCCACACGGCCAUUCGGUACCCGCCUCAUCUCAACCCGCAGGACCCGCUGAAAGAUCUCGUCUCUCUGGCCUGCGACCCGUCCAACCAGCAGCCCGGACCGUUAAAUGGAAGUGGUCAAGUGAAAGUGCCCAGCCACUACCUGCCCACGCAGAUGCUGGCGCCGCCACCUCCCCCCGGCAUGCCCCGCUUGGCCGUCUCUCCUGACACCAAAUCCACCACGACAACUACCGAGGGAGGGACGACCUCACCGACAUCACCCACCUACUCUGCACCAGGCACGCCCCCUGCGAACCGUUCCUUCGUGGGAUUAGGACCAAGGGAUCCUGGGAGUAUCUAUCAGGCACAGUCCUGGUACCUGGGAUAACCCCCGCCGUGCCGCCCCUUCGCCUCCCUUCUCCUCUGCUUUAGGCACCCCCAGAGGAACAUCCCCGUCCCCGAGCGCCAGGCCCAGCCUUGCGGUGACGACGGAGAGCGUGGACUCACGACGAUGAUGACGACGACAAGCAAAACCCACACCCGAAGAGCGAGGGAAAGGAAGAAGGAAAAAGGAAAACUUUUUUAAAAAGGAAGAAAAAAAAAAAAAAUCCAAACAAAACAACAACCCAUCCCAGGAGGACCUUCCCCCCGCCCUGUGGCGAUGCGCCAGAAAACAAAGAAACAGGAAAAAAAAAGAAAAGAAAAAAAACACUAUUAUUUGCUCCGUCAGCCGGCGCCGCGCCGAGACCUGACACAACUCGUGCCAGCGAUGCCUCCCGGAGCGGCAGCGAGGCUGCGGCGCCAGAGCCCUGCCGGCCCCUCGCCGGAGGGUCAGAUAUGCAAACGGCUCUUGACUCUCUCAUUCUUGCCGCUAUGUGAGUAAAAAAAAAAAAAAAAAAAAAUCAACCCCCUCCCGCCACCUCCCCCCCUGCCCCGGCCGCAUGCAGACUCUCGGGGGCCGUGGGGUCGGGGUGGGCCAUGGGGGGGGUGGGGGUACGGCUCCUGCUGCCGGUUCCCAACCGAUGCGACCACGCUUGCCGUCGGGGUGAUGUGAUGCUCCGUGCCGUGAAAGCGCCUUUGGGGGUGGGCGACGCUGUGCUGCGGUGACGCGGUGGCCAGCUCAGCCUGACACGAGCGGGUUGCACAGGAGGAGGGAGCUUGGGGCCACGGAGGGUUCAUAGGCACGGGCUGGAGACGGUCGCAGCGGCGGUGGCACCCCGAUUCCCGCGGGGACGCAGCGUGGGGACGCUCCCACCGAGGCCCCAGCAGGACCCAGGCUGCCACCAUCGGGCCAGGGCACGGGUCCCCGUCUCUGCGCUGCCUUCCUCGGCUCCCCGGCGUGCACCGGCCCCAUCCCCGUGCGUCCCCACAUGUGUCCCCGUGUCCUCCCACGUGUCCCCACGCCUGGUGGGGUGUCCACGUGGCCGUCGUGGGGUGUGCGUCCGUGUCUGAGCUAUGCAUUCCUGUGGACAGGUACCAGGUGGAUGGCGAGGAGAGGGUGCGCGCGUGUUGCACAUUUUGUAGGAAAUGCACUUUUAAGAGGGAAUCGUUAAAAAAAAAAAAAAAGAAAAAGAAGAAAGGAAAAAAAAUCACAAAAAAGGAGGAAGAGGAGGAGGAGGAGACGGAGCCCCUGGCACUGGCUUGCUGGGAUGGCUGGUUUGGGGUUUUUGGGGUUUUUUUGGUUUUUUGGGUUUUUUUUUUUUUUUUUUAAAUACAAAAGGAUGGAGAAAAGGAGCCUGAGCGAGGGCGAGGGCAGAGCCAGCCCCACGGAGCCCCCAGCCCCGCGUCAAGUGCCUGAACUGCGGCGGGGAGGGGUCCCGGGACCCCCGGAGGAGCCCCCAGCCGAUGACAGCGCUGGAGGAAGAGCGCAGCCGUCCCCGUCCCGCGCAGUGGCGGCGUGGCUGGGAAGGGGACGCGGGAACGUGGCAGUGCCUUAGAGAGGACGGACCCAUGCAGCGGCCCAGGCGAGGAAGAUGAGGAAGAUGAUGAAGGUACCCGGCGUCUCCAGCGAGAUGGUGGCAGCCACGGAGGAUACUGGUCCCAGGCGUGACCCCAAAGGGAUCCCGGGGAGCCCACAGCCCAGGGGAUGCCCCACGGGUGACGAUGGAGAGAAGCCACCGUGGGAUGUCCGGGAGCAGGGGACGUCACCGAGGCCACCGCCGCCGACCGCCCGGGCCCCUCCCCUGGCACCCGAUGCUGCCCUGUGGACCACUGGCAUCGCAUCCUGCAUCCCACCGGCCCCCCGCUGCCCCCCACCCCCCCGCAUCAUUUCCCACCCCACCCGGGACGGCACAGUGAGGCCGGAUCCUGCCCGCCCGCGGCGCGGCACCGGAGAAAGGGCUGACGCAGGAAAUCCCGGGAGAUGAAAAAAAUAAUCAGAAAGGACAAGAAAAGGAGAAAACCCACACAAAAAAAAAAAAAGAGGAAAAAACAAACAAACAAACGAAAAGCGCUUGGCGGAGAGGGAAACCUGUUGGGUUUUUUUUGGUUUUUUGUUUUUUUUUUUUAAGAUCUGAGAAAAGAAACACAUAGAAAAAAAAAAGAAAAGGCAAAAAAAAAAAAAAAAGACAAAUAAACUGCAUGGUGCUUUAACAGGAUCUGGUGACCUGGCUCAACCCAGCCGCGGAUGGCUGAUGCUGUGCAUGGCAGACUGUAUUAACCGGCUCUACCUUCCCCUUCAGCAAAAGAGAAAAAAAAAAAAAAAAAGAGGAAAAAAAACAACAAAAAAAUUCUGUAUAAAAGAAAAAAAAAGCCGUAAAAAAAAAAAAAAACACAAGAAAAAAAAAAUCCAUGUUUUCCUAAUUUGCACGAAAUUUUAUACCACAUGAUGUGCCUUGCCUUUGAAGACUAAGUAUUACCGGACCCGAUAUCAGUGCGAGGGAGUCGCUGCAUGCCCGGGGCUCCCGGGGGGCCGGGGGGGCCGGGGGCGGCCGCCCCCCCCUCGCCUCCUGCAUGGCUUCUUCUCGGCCGGAAAAGUCCCUUUUCUCUCUAUUAUUAUUAUUUUUUUAACCAAUUUUCCCCCUCGGAAACGUCUUCCAGUUGGUAAUACCGAUGCAUCUUCUGCGCCAACACACCGGAAUAUGCAAUAGCCGCUCGGCUGCGCCGGCGAGGGGGGGUCCAGCCAGGGGGGGGUCUGGUGGGGGGCGGGGGGCGGCCACCCCUUUGCUUUGCCUCUCUCUUUUUUUCUUUUUUUUUUUUUCUUCCCUUUUGGGGGUUUUUAUUUUGUUUUUCUGCUUACAGCAACCAAAGGCAGCGAGGCGGGAGGCGGCAGGAAAACCCCCCCCCGGGUCAAAGCCCACCCCCCCCCCCACCCCCCCAUAAUGGUCGGGGGAACCGAGGCGCCCGGGUGCGGCAGGAUGGACGAGGAUGCGGUCAGGGUCCCUGCGGGGAGGACCAGGGAUGGAGACCCCCAUGGCUGAGCCUUUACUGGGGGGGGGGGGGGGGCACAGCAUCCCACACACCCCCUUGGGCGCCCCCCCCCCUUCAUUGGUUUUCAAUGGGGCGCAGGGCUGGGAGGGCUGAGCCCAGCUGCUCUUGUGACAGGAAUGGAACCGUGUGAAUGUAGUUGUGCCCCCCCGCCCCGGCCCAGGCUGGUGUCGGGGGGGGGGGCACAGCCCCCUCCCCACCUCUGUCCCCAUCCGCUUCAUCUCCGGGGGUCUGGCCGGCGCAGUGGGGAACAGGCAACGUCCCCUCUCACCGUCACUUUGCCUAUUCCCUGCUGUGCCAACCGCCGAGCGGGGUCCCGACACCCCCAAAAAAUCCAGAAUUUGCCUUAAAACCCAAGCGUCCCGCCGGCCAGAGAGAGAGAGAGAGAGAGAGACACCCCCCCACCCCCACCCCCCGCACCCUCCCGAGGCUGAGGACUGACGUGGGUCGUGACACCAAUGGGCAGGUGGCACCGCACGUCACUGCUGCUUUGUAAUGAAGAAACGUUGUUAGCAACAUUUUUUUAAAAUUUUUAAUUUUUUUUUUUUUUUUUUGGUGUCCAAAAGUAUUAGUGGGUGUUUGGGGGGGGGGGGGGGUUGGGUCACGUCCCACCGGUUUUUUUGGGGGGGGUCCCAUGGGGCAGGGAAACAUCCUUGGGAGACUCUUCUUUACGCAAGGUGCAGUAUUGAUUUCUGCAAGGACAAUGCAACGCGGGGAGCGGGAGGUUAGCGUCCGCUUGGGGGAAAAAUAAAUUACAAAAAUCGAAUUUAAAAAAAAGGAGAGAAAAUGAAAAAAAAAAGGGGGUUUUAAGACUAGAAAAGGAUUAGCUCUAAGCAAAAAAAAGAAAAAAAAAAAUUAUUAAAAAAAGCAUUUUCAGCGGUGACCGGAGUGACGGCCAGCGGAGGGGGGGAGCGGGGGGCACCUGGGGCAGCCUCCCGUCCAGCUCCCCCGGUGAGCGUGGGGUCUGGGGGAGCCGAGGGGCGCAGGCGCCCCUGGGGCCUGGCCCCCCCCCCACCCCGCGGACCCCCCAGCCCCACAGGGGCACAGCCAGGGGGGGUCUGUGUGUGUGUGUGUCCCCAACUUUUGCUGCCUUUACCCCCUGGGGCCUGCAGUACGUCUGGCUGGGCUGCAGCCGCGGCCCCCCCACCCCCCAAAAAACCCUGCCCUCGGCAAGAAAAGCACCUUAAAAAAUGUUAAAAAAAAGGCAAAAAAAAAAUCGACGCCCCCCCCCCCCAGCCCGGAGGGCGGCAGCGGGGGGGGGUGUGGGGGGGUGUGUGUUGGGGGGUGUCACACCGGGGGCUUUCCCUUGGGGGUCUGGGGAGCCCCCGCUGCCCCCGGGGUCUUUGCACUGCUCCCCCCGACACCCCCCCCCGGGGCCGCACCCCCCCGGCUCUGCCCAAAGGGAAUAUGCAAACUGCCCCCCCCCGGGGACGGAGGUGGGGGGACGACCACUAAGUUGUUUUCUUUUUUAUUAUUUUUUUUUUAAAGCCUUCUCCCUUAUUUUUUAUCCCCCCCACGGCCUCUGGGCUCGGUGGCCACAGUCGGGGUGGGCGCAAAAUUUGGGGGUGGGGGGGACACGACACCCCGACAGGAUGGGGAUCGGGGUGGGGGGGGUCCGCUUGACAAUCACCGCGCCCGGGGCUCCCGCGGGGGGGUUUCAUGCACUACAGUCUCUUCUAGAGGGUUUUUAGUCGGGCUCAUCGGCUUAAAAAAAAUUAAUUAAAAAAUAGUCCUUGUGACCUAUAAAUAAAAAAAAAAUAACCUGUA